AUGGAUCUUAUAUCAAAACAAAAAGAAUGUAACAAAUUGAAUUUAAUACCUGAAAAGAAAAAAUCAACCAAACGACGCAAGUCAAAGAAAUCAAUAGGUUCAAGACAACCAUCAAUGAUGACAGAACCUCAUUUGAAUACCAACAACAACAACAACAACAACAACCUUGUAAAUAAUAAUAACAGUAGUAAUAGUGGUGGUGGUGAAGAAGGGAGCUUAUUAUCAUUAAAGAAAGAAAUUCAUUCUUCUUGUACAACACCAAAAUUAGAAGAGAAUAAAAAUCAAUUUGACUUGAAUUUAUUAUCCCCUGAAUCAACGCCGAUACAUAGUGAAGAUGAAGAAGAUGAAAUGAUGAUGAUGAUGGUCAAGACAAAAGAAAAUAACACCAACAGCAAUAACAGCAGCAACAAUAAUUGGUAUUCACCCUUUUCAACUGGCUUAGAUUUAGAUUUUUUACCGAAAACAAAUCAAAAUGAUCCUUUAUGUCUCUAUAAACUCAACUUGAGUCACAUACCCUCUUCGUAUGAUCAUUAUCAUGAUUCUUUCCCUAUCAUUUCUUCUUUAUUGCAACAGGAACUCUUACAAAAGCCUCAAUCGAUUACAAUUUUAGAGAACCAUCCUUUUAUUCCUUCAACCAAUCACACUACACAUUCGGCCUCUACUACUAAUCAUCAUCAUAAUAAUUAUAGUUAUAAUGUUUUUGGUCCAGUUGGUGAUAAAAAGAAAUAA